UGAAGUUGCUAGUAGCUUGUAGUGUUGUUUGAGUCAAAUCAGAGACGGUUAGCUAGCUAAACUCUAGAACAGCAGCUGGCAGAGGAGAACGAAUUCUUGACCCGAAAUUACACAUGUACUAAUCUCGGCACACUCAAGGAGUUCAUUUUCAAGUAUUGCAGAAAAGAUGACGUGAGUGGAAUGACCACUUCACAGAGAUACCUGGAGUCUAAGCUGACAGCUGGGUUUCCUGACAUGGAGUGGCAGACGCCAGCUGUGUCUGAGAAGUUCCAGAGCCACUUUGGCCGCCGGCCUGGGACAGCGGACAGUGGGAACACGGGGCUAGGCGCCACCCCAUCUGACAGCACAGAAGAUUUCUGCAGUUCCAGCAGCAGCCCCUCGUUCCAGCCCAUCCGCAGUCCGAUUCCCAUCCCCACUGCCCAUGUCAUGCCUUCCACGGCCGGACCACCGGCCUCCAAUCCCCGGCCCUGUUCCCAGGAAGAUUCCCAGGCUUCUGCCUCCUCGGGCUCCCGAACCUCCGGUGGAACCUCCAACUCGAAGUCGUCCUCACUUUCCAAAUCAGCCUCUUCACCCAACCUGGACAUGGCACAAGGCGGUGCGGGGUGUGCCGACCCCACCGGGCCCAAGCCGGACUGCCUGAGCCGCUACCGCAGCCUCGUGAAUGGACUAGACCACUCUCUGUUCCCCUUGGGGGACCACUCUUGCAUGGAUGAGGGCCAGAGGUUCGACAUGCCCACCAUGGAGCCCACAAUGAACCAAUCUGCUCUGCUGGCAGGCUAUUGCCCCGACGUCCGACUCGGGCUCCAGAUGACCAGCCUGGGGGAGACUCCCGAGGGCAACAGGGAGGCCUACAGGGGUGCCAUGGAGCACUCGUACAAGGCUCUCCCCGAGACAAGGCCGGGGGUCCCCGGCGCUCCAGACACCUACAGCCAGAGGAGCAGCCAGCCAGGUGGAACUGGGGCUGGGUCAGCAGGUGUGUACCCCAGCUCUCUGUAUCUGCAGACCCAGGCUCUGCUGAGGGAGGCCAAGGCCUAUGAACCCAUGCUGCAGGAGAGAUGCAGCGAGCUGCCCAGCUGGCAACAGCAGCACAAGCAGCAGCUGGAGAGUCUCCGCAUGCAAGUGGAGCAGAUGCAGAUGAUGACUGCUGGAGUGGGCCAAUACCCGGCUCUCUACUCCACCCCCUCCAUGCCACCAGAGACCAGGAAGUGGGACGCGGUGAUCAAAGCCAACGAGAGCAUUCUGAAGGAGAAGGAGCUCGCCAUAGAGAGACAGAAGCAGCAAAUGUCUCAGCUGGAGCUGCGGGAGAGGGAGCUGCAGGUCCACGGCGCCCUGCUCGGCGGCGGCGUUCCGUACGGCGACGUGUGUCUGCUCCGUCUGCAGGAGGCUCAGAGGGAGAACGCCUUCCUACGGGCCCAGUUUGCAGAGCGCGGUGACUGCGCCGCCCAGGAGGAGGCAGAGCACCGCCUCGGUGCCGUGGAGGCGGAGACGCGGCGUCUGAACGAUGCGCUGAGGGAGACCAGCGAGAGGCACGCCGAGGAGAUGAAGAAGCAGGAGGAGAGGAUUCGCAACCGGGACAAGCACAUCAACAGCCUGAAGAAGAAGUGCCAGAAGGAGGCAGAGCAGAACCGAGAGAAGCAGCAGCGCAUCGAGACUCUGGAGCGCUACCUCGCUGACCUGCCCACUAUGGAGGACUACCAGGGCCAGAGCAAACAGCUGAAGGAGGUGGAGCAGCGGGCGUUCCAGCUGCAGGGCCGGGUCAGAGAGCUGGAGGUGUGUCUGGAGGAGGCUCGCUCACACACCCGGGAGAAGGACACCCAGCUGGAGGAGCAGAGACGCAGGGAGAGGGAGCUGCUCACCACUGUCACCAGUUUACAAGAGCGGGUGCAGGAGGGCCUGGAGGACGGGGCAAGGUUACCCUCCCUGGAUGUGGAGAAACUCCGAGGGGAGAACAGCAGCCUGAGAGAGGAACAGCAGAGACUUAAAAAGGUCAUAGAGAAGCAGCUGAGGAUGAUGACGAAACUGGGCACCCAGAUCGUAACCCUGGAGGAGCAGGUGUCUCAGGAGGAGAGCAGCUCCCAUGCUCUGAGAGAGGAGGUUUGUUCUAAAGAGCAGGGUUUGCUCCAGCUCCACACAGCCAUGAAGGAGCUGUCGGCCCAGAACCAGGAACUAACGGAGCAGAACCUGACCCUCCAUGAGCGUCUGGAGGUCUCGGAGAAGGUGGACCGGACGUCGUCCUCGCUGCGGCCGGCCAGGGACCGCCUCACCCAGCGUCUUCACGGGGAGAUGGCCUCAUGCCUCUGUGACCUGCGGUCCCUCUGCAACGUCCUGACCCAGCGGUCACAGGGCCGAGACCCCAACCUCUCGCUGCUGCUUGGCGUUUCCUCUCCCCCGCCCAUGGCAGAGCAGUUGGAGGACUGGCUGAGUCCUGUGGUCCUCCAGAGGAAGUUGACUGAAGCCCAGCAGCUGCGUCGUGAUGUGGAGGAGCUCCGCACCACCAUCUCAGACCGCUAUGCCCAGGACAUGGGAGAGAACUGCAUUACCCAGUAGCCCCAGCUGCUAGCCUCUCUAAAACAGACUGAACCAUCAGGCUAAUGGGGUAAGGCUUCCAUAUUGGCCUUGCUUCUUCUACUCUCUUCAUUGAGUAUGAACUGGAAUCUCAUGUUGGCCCUUUGACUGAAAUGCAUGACCUGAUCAAGGAUUCCUUCCCCAAAGGGCUUACGGUGGAAGAACUGUUCUCAAACCAGUGUGUUUUGUUUUUAUAAAUGUUUUACUGAUACGUUUGUCUUUGUUGUCAAAGAUGCCCUCCGCUCUUUUUAUGACACACAUAGAUGGGGGUUGUGUUAUCUUUUUUUCAAUAAAUAACACUUAUUAUUUAAGUCUUCCCUCUGGGGAAAUAAUGUUGGAUGUGGUUGACAAUCAACUGAAAAUAUUUUAUUCUGUUUUUUGAGUGAUUCAACAGGGAAUGUUACUAACCCGCCAUUAUUUAAAAUGGUACAUUUGUAGCAGUGAAGUCUGGCGUGCGAGUGGCUGUUAACAGUGGUAGGGCUAAUACUGAAAAGACAUUCUGUCAGCAUUAUAACUGAGAUAUUAUUCAGAGACAUCUGUCCCGUCUGUACAAUUGCACAGUAAAAAAUAUUCAUGUUUGCAGAUAUCUCUCUCAGGUAGCGGGCUUUGCUUUGAUGAUCAAUGUGUAGAUCAAAAAUGUAAAUGUUCUGAGCUUUUGCUGUCGUCACCAGUUAAAUUUGCUCGUGGCUUUCUUUCUCAAAACUUUACUUAUUUUAGUGUUUCAGCCAACAGAGCAACUCAAUACAUUCCUUUAAACAUUGCUUUGUGGGUUGUCCUCUAAGAAGAAGAUAUCUCUGUCACAGCUAGUUAUGGGGAUAACGGUCUGUGACAGAGGACUGAAGCCAUUUUACACACUCCUUAACAGUAUUUGUGGUACUGGUUUGUUGGUAAGGGUCUGUUCAGUCUUACAGCGCAACAUACUGUAAUCUAACAGGUGAGUCCCUGUGCCUACUUUGUCCUUAUACACUGUGUUCACUUUGGUGCCCAUAUCUGUACUAGCAAAAUGUCUCUAUGCCAUCCGUGUGGAUAGUAUUAUUUUAUUUCCAUCUAAUAGCAAGAAAUGUUUUGGUUUCAAAUGAAUAACUUAACUAAUGGAUGUCAGUAUUUUGCCAUGGGGAGAAAAAAAAUGUGUGACAUGACUAAACACUAACUUUAUUCUAGUUUGUUUCAGUGUUCGAAGAGCAAAAAAAUUGUUUAAUUUAUUGAUGUCACGUCAAAUGCUUUCCUUCAGUUGACGAACAUCAUGACACUAAGUUGGGACAGACAUUUGGAUGUCUAACAUUGUCUAGAUGAGACUAAUGUGAGUUCUCAUUUGAGCUUUAACAAAGUUAGACAAACUUGCCUUAUGUCAAAUGUUUUGCAAAAAAUGUACAUGUUUAUAUUGAAUAUAUUUUUAUCCUUAAUUGUAUUUACACAUUUUAGAAAUAAAGUUUGUUUUCAAUAA